CGAGGCGACAAAAGAAAAUUCAGAAUCCCUAUUCUCCAAACUGCAGGCUCCGCACUUAGUAAUCGGAGAGGGCAUGGAGCCAAGCAUAUGAAGCCUAUUCUGUCCAUUUUCUUCAUUAUUCUUUCCAUUUUUUCACUUCAAACUCUCAGUUCAGCCUUGUAAUUUGACAUCAUCAAAUUCUGUGCCUUUGACUGACACUUCUGGGUAGAUCUCAAACUGUUUAGGGCAACAGAUUGUGGGUAGUGAUGGAGAAAGCAAGAGAAAUCCACGAUGGAGUUGUUAAGCUGUUCGGGGUAACCAUAAAGAAGAGCUCUGGCACGCAAAAUUUCUGUUAUAAUUCACAACCAGAUGAGAUGUUUAAGGAAUAUGUGAGCGAUGGAUUUUUACACAGUUUUUCCACGCCUCCACCCAGAAAGAAAGGAGUCCCAUGGACUGAGGCAGAGCACAGAUUAUUUCUGGUGGGACUUGAAAAAUUGGGAAGAGGUCAUUGGAGAGGCAUAUCCACGACCUUUGUCACCACCAGAACAGCCGCUCAGGUGGCCAGCCAUGCUCAGAAGUAUUUUCUUAGGCAGAAACAUGCCACCCAAAAAAGACGUCGCUCUAGCCUACUGGAUAUAUGCCGCAAUGAUUAUAAUUAUCAAAAGGAUGGAAGUCCAAGUUCAACAAUGUUGCCCAUUUGGCCACCCAGGACAUGGAGGAAAAGCAUAGAUCUGCAGACCAACAUGAAGGCAAAGUCCACAGCUGGAAGAAUUGAAGAAAACAAUAAUGGGCUGAAUCUGAGUGUUAAACUUGACUGGUGCCACAAUGGAAGCAUUAAUAUGAAACGGUGCGAGAGAAGUUAGGCUUGUGGUAUUUGAUUUAAUCCAUAAAUAAAGACCUCCAUUGGCCUUCUAUUAGAAAAUUCUGGUUAGAGAAGAUUCAUCGAGACUGAAUUUUCCGAAUGCUUCAUAUUUUGACUGUACAUUAAAAAGCAUUGAUUAUACAUGGUAUUCCCAAUAAUUUCACAAGUGAAAAGAUUACACCCAUAUGUCAUAAGGAUGUACCACUGUGUUUUUUUCAAAAUGGAGCUGGUCUCUGGUUGAAAUUAUAGUACAGUAAAUUUUUUGUUGCUCACCUUCAAAGUUUAAAAUAACCCUCAAUAUCUACAUGAUUCCUGUAGA